UCCAGUUGCCGGCAACUUUUCAGUUUAAUAAGCUGUUCAAUCGCUGAGCACACUGCUUUAACUACAGAUUUACCCAAUACAGAGGUAAUUCAAAGCUAUGGCUUCCAAGGUAUCCAUCAUUUCAACAUGGACGGUUAAAGCUGCUGGAAGAAGUCAGCACCAUACAGAUAAUUGUAAGAUUAUUGAGUUGACACCAUGGGACAUUCUUGAGCUUCAAAUUGACUACUUUCAAACUGGACUUCUCUUCCUUAUGCCUGCAUUUGAACAAUUAAGAGAUAUAUCAAAAGCAACCAACACCAGUUCCUUAAUUGAUCAUCUUAGAGUUUCACUAUCUCGAGCUUUAGAUUUCUUCCCUCCAUUCUGUGGCCGCCUUGACACAACCAAAGACGAGCAAAAUGGCACCACUUCUUUCUUCAUAAAUUGUAACAAUGAUGGUGCUCAACUCAACCAUGCAACCGCACAUGGUAUUAGAGUCAGUGACAUCGUGGAGUCAGAUUACAAUCCUUACGUGGUACGUGAUUUCUUCCCAUUAAAUGGAGUCCAAAAUCUAGAGGCUACCUCCCAGCCCUGUUUUGCAGUGCAAGUAACAGAGCUAGAGGAUGGCGUAUUCAUUGGCUGCUCAAACAAUCAUGUGGUAGUGGACGGAACUUCUUUUUGGCAUUUUUACAAUUCUUGGACUGAGAUAUCUCGCGGUUUUAAUGUCAUCUCAAAACUUCCUUUUUUGAAACGUCAAUUCCCUUUCAAUAUUAAUCAUUUCUCUGAUCGCAUUUCUAUACCAAAUGAAAGAGUUAAUGCAGGUCAUAGAUUCAUUCCACCACCAAUGCUACGAGAAAGGGUAUUUCAUUUUGCCAAAGAAAGUGUAGCCAAGUUAAAAGCAAAGGCCAAUCUUGAAAUGAGCACCACCAAAAUUUCGUCUCUUCAAGCUGUAUUGGCUCACGUAUGGAGAUCUGUAAUACGUUGUCGUCGUCUUGAUCUUAGUGAAGAAACUACCUUUGAGGUAUCCAUUGACAUGAGGGAAAGAUUGAAUCCUCCUUUACCCGAAGGGUUCUUUGGCAAUGCAAUUUGCCCUGCUACCGUGACCAUCAAGACGGGAGAGCUACUUGAGCACAAAUUCGGAUGGGCUGCUUUACAAAUUAAUGAGACGAUUGCUUCCCAUGACCAUGAAAAGUUGAAGUGCAUAUACGAGAGUUGGAUGAAUGACCCUGAGGUAGUAAAAUUGGGUGACUUGCCAAGCAAUUACUUUAUGCUGAACAACUCUCCCCGAUUCGAUUUUUACAAGUACGAUUUUGGAUGGGGAAAGCCGAUUACGCAUAGAAGUGGCAUUGGAAACAUGUUAGAGGGGAAAAUAACAGUGUCACCUGGACAAGAAGAAGGGAGUAUGAUUCUUGAGAUUUGCCUUUCUUCAGAGACGAUACAAGCAUUGGAGGAAGAUGUAAUAUUUGGUGAGUUUGUGACCACACUAGUUGUUGGUUUGGAACGUACAAUUCGAGCUCGAAUUUAA